AUGCGUUGGUCCCAUUUCAAGUGUGAUCUAAAUGAUAAUUAUGAGUGUUGGGUUUUUCAAGGUGAUCGAUUUCAUGACAAUCGUAUCAAAGACGCUCGACUUCAUUUUCAUCGUUACUGUAAUUCAUUGUGGGACAUCAUGGGAGGUCGAGAUGAAAAAAACUGUUCGAAAUGGAUUUGUGAUGCUGGUUUGUACAAAUGCAAUCGAACAGGCCAAUGUAUUGAUCAAAAUUACUUCUGUGAUGGUGAAUUCGAUUGUGACGAUGGUGAAGACGAAAUGGGUUGCUCUUCCUCGAAGCAAACAUGGAUUCUGGAACGAGAAUGCAACAAUAGCAUUGAAUACUUUUGUAUCACUGAUGAAUAUGUGAAGAAUCCAAGCUUGCAUCGUCCAUGUAUUGCUUGGAGUCGAGUUGGUGAUGGUAACAUCGAUUGUAUUGGAGCUCGUGAUGAGCGCAAUGUUUUAUGGUGUCCUGGCGAUCAUCGUAUGGUUGGUGAUCGUUUCCUGUGCGAUAAUCGAACGAAAUGUAUCGAUUAUACGGCCAUCUGCAACGGUAUCAAGGACUGUGUGGAUGGAAUAGAUGAAUCAAUUUGUUACUGGCAUGAUGGCAGAUGCUUGAGAGGAGAAUUUCCAUGUGCAGAUAGAAAUGGAUGCAAGAGCACUAGAUGUAAGAGUAGUAUCACAUGUAACGACAAGUCUCACCGUUUUUGGUGUCCGAACUUAAGCGAUGAUAAUGCUAGCUAUCGUUCACAAAAAGACAGACAAACAUUAGAUAAUAAUGAUAGAUGUUAUAGGCAAUCUUUCUUUAAAGCCAAAUCCACGACUGGUUUUCUUCAUACGGAUCAUCAAGCCAACUAUGAGAAAAAAGAAUUAUCUAUUCCACGCUUGUACUGUAAUAGGGGAUUUUAUUUGCAAGCAGUUGGUAGCUCGGAGAUAUCAUGUUUUUGCCCACAGAGUUUUUACGGCAAUCGUUGUCAAUACAAUACUCGACGAGUGAUUAUUCGAAUUCGUUGUGAUCGAUGGCAUCGUCCUGAUCUUCCACUUGUCUUAAACGUUCUGUUCAUGCUACUGCUGAACGAUAGUCAAGUAGUCGAUCAUCAUUUUAUCACCGACGAAGAUAAAGAAUUUCCAUCGAAGAAUGACAUCUAUUUGAUUUAUCCCCGCCCGAAACCUCCCGGAAACUAUUCUGUACGAAUUGAAGCUUAUCACUCAACGGAGUUUAUCUAUUUCUGGGAAUAUGCUAUUAGUCCGCUGGAUUUUCUACCUGUAUUUCGUAUCACUAAAAUACUUCGAUUUCCGGAUCAUUCAUUGCCGUGGCUUUGUUCACACAACUACUGUCAAAAUAACGGGACUUGCUACCAAAGUGAAAAAAAUCAAUAUCUUUGCAUCUGUCCACGUAACUGGAAAGGCAAACUUUGCGAGACUAGAAUGGAUCAGAUUCGUUGUGCAUCACGUUCUCUUGCAAGAACCGAGAGCAUUUGUGUUUGUCCACAUGGUUAUAUGGAGCCACACUGUUUUGUCGAGAAUCUCAAAUGUCAAAGAGCUAGAUGCAAUUCGAAUGAAACUUGUGUGCCACGUUCUGAUCUUCCUGUUUACGGGCAUAUGUGUAUCUGCAACACGUCUGAUUGCAAAUUUGAUCGACCUGUCAUCAUGCUAAAUCGUCAAGAGCCAAAUCAAUCACCAUUUCUUGUGCAACUACUUCAACUCUCUGGUAAUUAUCCCACUGUUCGUCAUCAAAUUCUUAUACCACCAUUCAUGUCAUUUCCACUGGUCAAAACUAUCAAAACACGUGAUAAGCGCAAUAAUAUUGGCGUCCUUCCGGAGAUCGGCAUACUAUUUUCUUUUCAGUCUUACACAGGCUCAGUGGAGAGUACAUUGCAUCUACUUUUCAUCAAUUGUUCCAAUACCAGACGAAACUUUACGGUCGACCUCGAUGUGCAACCAACAAGAUGCCAUGUGCUGCCUGAGACUAGCUGGCAAUCUGUUUCUUUGUUUCCACAUUUCUGCCACAAUUUAACCUAUGGCACCUGUUUUAUAUCUGAUGGUUACCUGUGCUAUUGUAGCUAUUCCGAGAAGAAUGAGAGUAAUUGUCUUUCAUAUCAACGACGGUAUACCGUAUGCAACUACUGUCAGAAUGAAGGACAUUGUGUUCAGGGUGAUCUGACGAACAAGACCGACUUCGUUUGCGUGUGUCCUAGGUGUGUCACGGGUGUGUUGUGUCAGUUUUCGCCUAGUCGUUUUUAUAUCUCGCUGGAACUUCUCAUGGAGAAAACUGAUUGGGGUCGCGGUCAUUUCAUCGGACCAAGCCUCUUUUUACUGAUCGGUAUCAUCUUCAACGGUCUAUCCAUCAGCACUUUCAUACACUCAAAACUUUGCAAAAACGGAGUAGUUCUUCAUCUUCUGGUAACUUCCACUUGUAGUCUAUUGGUGCUAAUGAUCUUGUUCUCACGAGUGAUCUAUAUCUACUUAAUACGUCGAAUUAUCAUUUCAGAUGGGAUAAAUAAACUCAUGUGCAAGGGUCUCCCCUUUCUCAUGUUUACCUUCCAUUAUGUCAGUUUGUGGUUCAUGGCCAUCAUCACCGUGGAAAGAGCAUUAGCUGCAGGGCAAUAUGUUCGAUGGUCUUCAUUACAAAAGCCGACGAUGGCAGUCUCAUUAAUCUUCAUUAUUGGAUCGGUUGUUUUGAGUUCCAAUUUCAUAUUCAUCAUACAGUACAAGUUAGUCAGUCAUCCAGAUCAUCUAUUUCCGUGGUGUAUCCUCGUGAUUCCGACUAUUCAACAACAACUCACAAAAGUGUUUUCACUGGUUCAUCAGGUAAUUCCUUUUGUGGUUAACUUAGUGGCAGCAGUGAUAAUUGUCGUGGUAAUCACUCGAGCCAAGGCUCAUGCUCAUCAAAAGACCAUAUAUAGCGUUCUGCUGGAUCAAACACGAAAACGAAUCGAUCUACUAUUGGGUCCUAUCGCUUGUUUCUUGACACAAUUACCUCAGAUAUUGAUCCUAUUUCUGAAUGCUUGUGACUAUGAUACUAGUCACUGGUUUUCUCAGCUUACUCUAGUGGCUUACUACGUAUCAUUCGCGCCGCACAUGAGUAUUUUCUUUCUCUAUGUUUUACCUUCGAAACAGUAUUAUCAUACUUUCUUGAAGCAUACAUUGUGGGGUGAAUACCUAUCGAAUAUGGUGGAAACAACAGCUACUCUUCUGAGAUGAGAAUUAUUAACUUUCGUUUAGUUGUAGUUGUUUGUGGGUGUGGGUGUGAAGAAGCUGCUAUGACCGGUUUUGUGCUUCCUCAAAGGACUCAUCAGAUGGCUUAUCUAUUCUUUUUUUUUGACGGCAAUGAGUUGUCGUGUUUGCGAUAUUUCUUAUCAUGGCGUUGUUUUGGAUCGGGGUAAGUUUGAGGCGACUCUGUUGUUUUAUAUGUCAUACUAGUCGUUAUGUUUUUUCUGAUUUUUUUUACUUUAGUGUGCGGUUUGUGGUUUUUGUUGGUGAGUUGCUCUGCAUAUCGUUUUUCGGUUUGUUUUGUUUUGUUUUCACGAUUCCUAUGGUUGCAUAGUAAUUUAUCUUGUGUGCGUUUUGUUUUGGUUAUUGUUUGCUAGAAUAAAAUCAGAGAAAGGACGGGGAACGUUUUGUGUUGUUACCGGCCCCCAUAGAAAACAUCAUCAGUUUUUCAUGAAACUUUCAGCAAUCGUAGCGCUCAUAGUCAGUAGUCACUCCUAUAAAUUUCAGUUUGAUCGGUGAAUCUUUUGUCUCACUUUCGUGGCCCGCCAGAUAAGGUCCUAAGUGAUCUUCAUUCGUGAUCUUGUGUGUGGGUGUGGGUGUGGGUGUGAGUGUGGGUGUGGG